AUGCUCUCCACCGCCAUCGUCGUCUUCACCUACUACACCAUCUGGACCUUGUUCACCGUGCGUUGCCCAUCCACGCACUACUCACGCCUACUUCAACUAUACAACAACACUAACAUCCCCCCCCCCCCACCUCUUACGCUCCCAAACGACAGCCCUUCCUCCCUUCUUCCUCCCCGCUAAUCAACUAUUUCCCACCGCGCGAAUGGGCGAUCCGAAUACCGGCUCUGCUCAUGCUUUCAGGCUUGAUGACGAUCGGCGCUUUCGUCGGUUUGAUCUUGGUCAAAAGUUCGAGGCAAAACAUCAAGGCCAACGUGGCGGAGGUUCCCAGAUCACCUUCAGUGGGUACUUCAUCCACAAAGUCCGCAGCUGGAGGGAAGGAUCGGAGGACGACGGCGUCCAAGAAGAAGCUUUGA